AUGUUGUCGAACACGAAGUGCGGGUUUUUCCUUUCUUGUUUACAGUUUGCUAUACUCAAUAGUUUGUAUAGUGAGGUGAUUUUAAAGCCUAAACAGGUAAUUUGCCUCGAAAAGAUCUUUCUGAAUUUGGAUAUUCUUGCCAUACUGCCGACUGGAUAUGGUAAAUCGUUGAUUUUUUGCCUGAUUCCUGCUUUGUUAUUUGCCAAGAAGAACGGGGUCAAAUUCAGUGGAAGAAUAUCAUCUAUUGUGAUUGUUGUUUCACCGUUAAAUGCGCUGAUAGAAAACCAGAUAUCACGGUUAAGCUCUGGUGUAAUUCGAGCAUCUGCGUUGAAUGUAAAGAGUAGUAGAAAAGACGUUGUUGAUGACAGUGAACCCGAGUCAAUUUGCGAUUUUAGCUUGAGCGACAAAGAGAAAUUGGAAACCGGAUACUACAACAUUGUGUUUGCGCAUCCAGAGUCUUUAGUGUCCUGUACCUAUGGAAGAAAAUUGAUGCAUACCAACCCAUACCAAGAAAACGUUUGUGCCAUUGUGGUAGAUGAAGCUCAUUGCAUUUUAGAUUGGUGAGUUAAUAUCUUGUGAUAUUGUAUAUUAUUUUGUAUGGGUUGAUUUCACUGGUUACAUUGUGCACGAAGGUUAAUGUAUUAGCAGUAUAAAUACGAUGUCCUGCUGGUUAAAACCCUAGAUUACAAUUCUUUAUUACAAAGAAGUUUCGAUAAUUUAAUAUUUGCAUUGUCAUUUUAUAGGGGUAAAGAUUUCCGAGUUGACUACAGCAAUUUGGCAGUGUUAUGUGCUACAUUCUCAAAUGUACCUGUCAUAGCCAUGACUGCGACAGCUACCAAAAGUGACAGGGAAGAAAUAAAGAUAUUGUUGGACAUAAAAGAGUGUGGUGAAGUUGUUGGCAAUCCUGAUCGGAAAAACAUAACAUACGAGAAACACUUUAGAGUUGGUUCAGAUGCAGAUUCUCUUAUGAGGAUUCUUACCCCUAUGGCACAAGGCUUGCUUCAGGAAAAUGUAUGUUAUCCUUUGACAAUUGUAUACAUUCCACUCAAAUGGUGUGGAUAUGCAUAUAAUAUUUUUGAAUCUGUUUUGGGAAGAAAUCAAUAUUACCCUAAAGGAUCUAUGCCGAUAGCAGAAAACCGAUUAUUUGCCCAAUUCCACUCACCCCAGACCACAGAAAUGAAAGAUGCUAUCCUAAAACAGCUGUGCUCUCCUCAAAGCAUAGUUAGAGUUGUUUUUGCUACGGUGGCCCUUGGAAUGGGCAUUGAUAUUCGAGGUAUACGAUGUAUUGUGCAUAUCACCCCACCAUAUACUAUCCAAGCAUACUUCCAGGAAACCGGUAGAGCUGGGAGGGAUGGGCAACCUGCGAUUGCUGUGCUGUACUAUAACAAUCGGGACAUAGCAAAAAACAAACCUGGGAUGCAAGAAGCUGUCAGGCAUUUUUGCAAAAGUGAGGGUGAAUGUCUUAGACAUAUUUUGUUGUCUUUACUGGACACAGACAAAAAAUAUUUUGAACUUGUCUCUCCAAAACACCUUUGUUGUGGUGUUGGAAAGUUAGAGUGUGACUGCUGCUCUUGCACUGAAUAGUACACUGUCUGGGAACACUAAAGCCUGGUUCACAUAUGCCUGUGCUAUCAUUGUUUACAGCUGUUGAUGCAUACAUUCUUUUGUGAAUUAUUUUAUCAAACUUGCUAACGACAAUAGCUUGCUGACACACUGCAGGU